AUGAGUCUACGAGGGCAGAUGCUUCUCAGGACCCGUCUUGCGCCUGUGAGUGCACAGCUACCGGCUGGAAUCAGAUUCAAGGGCACUCAGAACCAGUCCCCCAAAUUCAAGUACAGAGGCAGACAGAAGUCGCCAGAAGAGCUCAAAGAGGAAGAGGAACACCAGAAAUACCUCGAGCACAUCAAUUCGGGCUCGAGGAUAAGAAGAUGGGGUGCUGUUGCUGGCUCACAGGCUUUCCAGAAAAGCAUGAUCAAGUGGUACAUUCUGGGCUACGGAGUCUUUAUGAUGUUUGGUGCGAACCAUUUCAGGAAAUUAUAUGCCAAAGACGUGGAGAAGAAGGAUCUUCUGGAUAAAAGAGGAAAUGGCGGGGUUUUAAGUGAAUGGGAGUCACUUAGGUUGAAAGAGCUUGCAGGAGAGAAGCUCAGAACCACUGACGUUCUGAAACUUCAGGCAUAUCACCAAUUGAAGGAGAAGUUCGAGCAAAGUCAGAAAAAUCUGAGCGAUUCAGAGAAAGAGUCUGCAGUAUUCGAUCCGUCCCCCAAAGAUAUCGAAGAUAUCAUGAACAAGUCACCUCUGGAAUCGAUCCUACCUGCCAAAGAUCUCACACCCUUCUAUAACGAACUGGCACCAAAGUACGACAAGGAGAUCGGGAUGGAAGAAACAUUAUCCUUCAUUGGUGGGAGACGCAAAUGGGUGAUGAAACAUGUUAGUGGAGAUGUUUUGGAGGUUGCAUGUGGAACUGGAAGAAACAUUAAGUAUCUUGACCCGGAACACAUCAACUCCGUGACCUAUCUGGACUCUUCCGAGAAGAUGAUGGAAAUAACCCACGAAAAGUUCAGAAAGAAAUUUCCAGAUUUCAAGAAGGCUGGCUUUGUUGUUGGAAGAGCCGAAGAUCUCGUUGAAAUAACCUCGGACCAGGGCGUGAAAUAUGAUACCAUCAUCGAGACAUUUGGUCUCUGUUCUCACGAAGAUCCAGUAAAGGCUCUACAGAACUUUGGCAAAUUGCUUAAGCCAGGUGGAAGAAUUGUUCUACUAGAACACGGAAGAGGUCAAUAUGACUUCAUCAACAAUACUUUGGACAGAAGGGCCGAGAACCACAGCAAAAAGUGGGGAUGUCGCUGGAACCUUGACAUCGGUGAAUUGGUGGACAUGUCUGGACUAGAGAUCACCGCAGAAAAAAGACACCACUUUGGAACGACAUGGUGUAUUGUCGCGAAAAAUAAGGGCGAUUCGUUGAAGAAAGAGGAGAUUGGAUUUUUCGAAAAAUUCUUUACAUUCGCGGGCUCCAAAGACGUUUGA